AUGCUCGAGGGAGACAGUCCAGAGGAGGUCUUUGUCGGUGCUAUCGAUCAGGGUACCACCUCUACUCGUUUCAUCAUCUUUGACAGGAAUGGGCAGCCGCAGGCACAGCAUCAGGUCGAGUUUGAGCAGAUCUACCCCAAGCCUGGAUGGAUUGAGCAUGAUCCUGAAGAGAUCCGUAGCUCGGUUUCUACUGUGCUAAGCAAGGCAACCAAGAACUUCUUGGAUCAGGGCCGUCGUAUGCGUCAGCUUCAGGCCGUUGGUAUCACAAACCAGCGUGAGACUACUGUUGUCUGGGAUGCCGAGACUGGUCGUCCUCUCUACAACGCCAUUGUCUGGGCUGAUACCCGUACCACUGAGACCGUCCAGCAACUCAAGCGCAGGCCUGGGUCUGACAAGAUCUUCGAGCUCUGUGGGUUGCCCAUCACCACUUACUUCUCCGCCGUCAAGCUCCGCUGGAUCUUGGACCAUGUUGAGGAUGCCCGUGAGGCCUACAAUGAGGGCGCGCUCAUGUUCGGUACCAUCGACUCCUGGCUCAUUUGGAACUUUACGGGAGGUAUCAACGGUGGUAUCCACGUCACCGACCCUACCAACGCUUCUCGUACCAUGUUGAUGAACAUCAGGACCUUGCAGUGGGAUCAGGAGCUCAUCGAUUUCUUUGACUUGGGUAAGGUGAUCUUGCCUGAGAUCCUCUCCUCUUCUGAGGUCUACGGUAAGAUGUCUACUGGUCCUUUGGCUGGUAUCCCCAUCUCUGGAUGUCUCGGUGACCAGUCCUCUGCUCUCGUCGGUCAGCAGGCGUUUAACCCCGGAGACGCCAAGAACACCUACGGAACUGGUUGUUUCUUGCUCUACAACACCGGUGAGACCCCAGUUCUUUCCAAGAACGGUCUUUUGACUACGGUUGGUUACAAGUUCGGUGACAAGAAGCCCGUGUACGCACUCGAGGGAUCUAUCGCCGUAGCUGGAUCCUCCAUCAAAUGGCUCCGCGACGGUCUCGGUCUCAUCAAGGAGUCUUCCGAGAUCAGUGAUUUGGCCGCUUCCGUCGAGGAUGCCGGAGGCGUUAUCUUCGUUCCCGCUUUCUCUGGUCUCUUCGCUCCCUACUGGCGUGAUGACGUCCGUGGUACCAUGCUCGGUAUCACCCACUACACCACCAAAGCCCAUAUCUGCCGUGCUACCCUCGAGGCCAUCUGUUUCCAAGCCAAGGCCAUCUUGGACGCCAUGAACAAGGACUCUGGAACCCCCCUCAAGGUCCUCAAGGUCGACGGAGGCGUCACCAACUCCGAUACCUGCAUGCAAAUCCAGUCUGACACCAUCGGUCUCCGCGUCGAGCGUCCCGCCAUGCGCGAGACCACCGCCCUCGGUGCCGCUAUCGCCGCUGGAUUCGCUGUCGGCGUCUGGUCCGAUUUCUCCGAGUUGUCGUCCAUCAACCAGGAGGGUAAGGAUAUCUUUGAGCCCGCGAUCGAGGAGAGCGUCAGGGAUGAGAGGUUUGGGCUUUGGGAGAGGGCCGUUAGGCAGAGUUGUGGGUGGUUGAAGAGGGAUGAGGUUGAGGAGUUGAAGGAUGGGGUUGAGCAGAUGACGCUUGUGCAGGCUGAGGAGAAGGCUGAGAAUGCCUAA